ACUUUGCCAUUAUAACUAUAUGGGAGGUGAAGGGUAUCAUUUAGUGAGUUCAUUGCUCACAAUACCUAAAUUAUUUGAACCCAUCACGUGAUUCAUCUGCAAUCUAUUCAAGUUUCCGCUCAAUGAUGGCAAUGGCAAUACAUUAAGAUAGAGCUCUAGAUUGAUCGGAGAUCAAACAUACAUUGCAAUGGAAUAUUAUGCUGACUACUACAGCGACUUCUAUAAUGCUAAUCAAACGGGGAAUGCAACAUCCACGCCGCAUCCUUAUAUUAUUGGGCAUGUGGUAUUUGAUGUGUUCCUGUUAUUUCUUAUCCUUGCCGGUAACAUCACCGUUUUCGUUGUCAUCGUUGUUGAAGGUCGAAGAACAAGGAUGAAUUUCUUCAUUAAGAAUUUAGCUAUUGCAGACAUGUUAUGUGGUAUGUUUUAUUUGAUUCCCCGAAUCGUCAUCCAUCUCAAUAAUGGGCUAUUCUAUGGAGGAAACGCACUGUGUAAAUUUCAAGUGUUUCUGUCGAAUAUAGGAAUUUAUGGUUCCAAUUCGAUCAUGAUAGCUCUGAGUAUCGACCGUCUUUUCAUCCUCCUAAGACCUUUAGGGAGUCUGGAAAAUAGAGAGAGAAAUCCAACAGUGAUUUGCUGUCUUUGCUGGUUGGUUUCAGUCCUUGUCUCUGUAUCGGGACCUAUUAUUUACGAAUAUGAUAGCGUUUACCAUCAGUGCUAUCUUUAUCUCACCGUGGAGGAAAUGCAGAUCUAUUUUAUCAUCAUUUUUGUUUUUGUCUUCGUCAUCCCCACUAUCAUUAUCGUCGGAUGUUACUCUUCAAUAGCAAUAAUUAUUUGGAGGAUGUCAUCAAAAACACAAGAUGUUCAGUUACAAGACAUCUCAUCAGAAGGGAAACACGAAUCGAAAUCAUUGACGUCAAAGCAACGCAGUGAUUCCUCUGGGAUAUCAAAUGCCAAACUAAAGACCAUAAAGAUGACGUUUGUCAUUGCAGUUGCCUUUGUGUGUUGUUGGGCGCCCUUCAUGAUUUUCAAUUUGCUGUCUGUGUAUGAUAAGGUGCCAGAAAUGGAAUCCGAAAAUUUAUUCAUCCAGGGUCUACUGCCCCUGAACUCGGUCGUCAACCCUCUCAUCUAUGGCGUCUUCAGCGUCCGAGUAUUUCAAGACUGUUGGAGAAAAUUCACCAGAGGAUGACAGUAUGCAUGAAGAACGACACAAAAUUCGAUUUUAUGUAUACGGUGUUUAAACUUCUGUAUAAGAAAUGUUUUUUUUUUUGGUUUCCAUGGUGCAGAGCAUUUAUAUUGCCAUAUAAGACGAUGUUAUCUAGAUAGAAAUGAAAGGUCAUUUAUAACUUUGAACUUGUCUACAAACCUACAUAUACGAACAGUUAUAAAACUAUCAGGAAUUACGGUGGUAAUGAUAAAAGAACAUGAUUUUUUUUUUGGUACCACAUCAGUUUCUCUAAAUAGAAUAUUUAUAUAUUGCAUAACAGGAAGAUAAUAUUAUGAUUUUUUUUUUUUAUUUUGUGAGGUCUGAAUCAUGAGGCAGACAAUCAAAGAGAUUCUUCAGACUAUAAACAAACAUUUUUAGGGAUUUUUUCCUUAGGGUCAAGAGUAAUCUAUGGAUUUGCUUCAAGCAAAACCGUAUAUCGCCACUUGAAUAAUCACAAUCAUCGCACAAAAUAUGUUACCAUCUCCUGUUCUCCUGACAUUGUUUUCUGGUGCUGUACUUUUUUGUGUGGCGUUUGUGGUGUUUGUGGUGUUUGUGGUGUCGUUGCUUGGAACCGUUGUUGAA